UCCAAUUCAGACAUGCUUGGGCGCUUUCCUGCCUGCUUAGGCAGGGUUGCUUGUGUUUCAGACGCACCCUUCACAUCCGUUUCUGGAGAAAUGAAAGUAAAGCCCCCUCAGUCUCUGUUUGUGUCUGUUCGAGUGGUGAGGAACAUGGCAGAAGCUGCUGUGAAAACUCUGGACUCGCUGACCUGCCCCAUCUGCCUGGACCUACUGAGGGAUCCAGUGGCGAUUCCCUGUGGACACAGCUUCUGUCUGGACUGUAUUAAGGACUGCUGGCAUCGAGAUGAUCAAAGGGGGGUCUACAGCUGCCCCCAGUGCAGACACACCUUCACCUCGAAGCCUGUCCUCAACAAGAACACCGUGCUGGCUGAACUAGCCGAGGCUAUGAGGACUACUGAGGUCCAAGCUGCUGCUGAUCCUCCUUCUCUUCCUGCUGCUGCUGCCAAUGGUUUUUCUGCUGGAUCUGAAGGUGAGGAGUGCGACGUUUGCACUGGGAGAAAACGUGCGGCUGUUAAAUCCUGUCUGGUUUGUCUGGCCUCUUAUUGUCAAGCUCAUCUUCUGCCUCAUUUUGAAAUUUCCGUCUAUAAGAAGCACAAGCUGGUGGAAGUCUCCGUGAACCAGGUAAAGAACCAGGAGAAGAACCAGGAGAAGCCUCAGGAGAAGAUCAACGCAGGCUCUCUUCUCGAUAAACGACUGGAACUGGAGGUUGACCACAUCGGUCGUAGAAGAGUCUCGGCUGCAGCGGAAAGAGCUGAGAAGCAAAAGAUGCUGGUGGAGACUCGUAAGGAAUCCAAGCAGAGGAUCCAACAGAUUGAGAAGAACCUGUGGGACCUGAGGCAGGCUAGGAAGACUCUCAGAUGCUCUGCACAAGCAGCAGAGGAGGACAGUGAGGAGAUCUUCACCGAACUGAUUCAGUCCAUCAAGAGGAGACACUCCGAGGUGAAGGAACUGAUCCAAACUCAGGAAAGAGCUGAACUGAGACUGGCGGAAGAGCUUGGGAAGAAACUGGAGAAGGAGAUCACUGAUCUGAGGAGGAGAGACGCCAAGCUGGAGAUGCUUCUACGCUCAGAGGAUCACGAUGAGUUCCUCAAGAGUUUCCAGAGUUUCAAGAGUUCCAAGAGCUUCCAGUCACUCUCUGCUUCUUCUCAACCGACGCACUCAUCCCAAAUCCCAACCAGUCCACAGUUCUCCAUGAAGAAACUGAAGAAGGCUGUUGCUGGAGUGAUGGAACAAGUAGAUCCCAAACUGCUCAAGUUCUCUGGAGGGUUUAGCUCAUUUUCCAAGAUGGCCACUCCUCUGCAGAAACCACAAAAGCCUUUACCGCCACCGAAACCGAAGAUGAGAGAAGUCUUCCUGAAAUUUUCCUGUCAGCUCACUCUAGAUCCAAACACUGCGAACAGAAGUCUCGCUCUGUCUGAGAGGAACCGAAAAGUAUCGGCUUUGCAGCAGCACCGUAAACUGCGAUAUCCCGAUCAUCCUGAGAGAUUCGAUCAAGUCCGGCAAGUUCUCUGCAGAGAAAGCCUGUGUGGACGCUCCUACUGGGAGGUCGAGAUUAGAGCCAGCGAUGUCAAUAUUGCAGUCGCUUAUAAAAGCAUCAGCAGGAAAGGAGAAGAUCACAAGUCUGGAUUUGGGUCUAAUCAUCAGUCCUGGAGUCUCUUCUACUAUUCUUCUUCUUCUACUGGACCCAGUUUCUUCUUCAGACACAAUAAAAAAUAUACUGAACUCCCAGCAGUCUCCAGAUCCAGAAGAGUAGGAGUGUAUGUGGAUCCCGGCGCAGGAUUUCUGUCCUUCUACAGCGUCUCGGACACACUGACUCUUCUCCACAGAGUCCAAACCACCUUCACCCAGCCCCUCUAUCCCGGGUUUGGGGUUUAUGGUUGUGACGAUGUUCUUCAGAUAUGUGAUCAUAAUUAAACUUCAGGUAAUAAACAUCAGCCUCUAUUCUGGACAGCUUUGCUUUGGUCAGGGGGCAGUAGAAUGUAAUGAGUGGGCAUGUUGAUACAUCAUAUUUUUAAAGCUAGAGCUAAAACUGAUGUAGGAAGUAUGUAUGAAAAGAAAAAAAUGCAUUAUAGGGUUUCCUAUAGUGUACGCUCACUGAAUGAAACAUUUAUAAAAUAUAUAAAAUACAUGCUAAUACUACAAAUUAAGCAGCAAAAGGGUUAAAAGCAAGUAACACUGAGCAACA